UACAAGACACACCAGGGCUUCCUGGGGAUUGUGGUCUCCAUGUUGGCAUGAAGGGGAACAUCUGAAAGGGCUGAUGGGAGUUGUAGUCGGAAGUUGGGCGCGCAAGAGGGGAAGAAACUACUUUUUCCACAAUGCACCUGACUGAGCUCCUCCCUCCGUCCGCUCCUAUAGAGCGUAGUUACCAGCAACGGUCGUUGCGGGUGACCGGGAUGUGAAUGGGCUCUGUGCUGUGCUCCAAAACCCCGGCGCGGGCCUGACUCCUCUCCCCUCUCCUCCCCCCAGCGUUGGUUGCGGGCUCCCCUUUGGUUUCUACGGCGGCGCUGCGGCUAAGGCAGGCAGGAAGGAGCAGCAGCGAGGUUUUGACUGAUGCAUUUACUUCUGUUGAAGAAAAGAGGGAAUCAGGCUUAAAUUUUCUAUAAGAAAGGAAAGUGUUGCUUUUCAACCAUGUCCAUCCAUAAUAUUGGAGUGAGCAGACAUUCCAUUCUCCCUCCCAUUGUUCCUGACAGUGAUAAGAAAUUUUUAGACAGUAUACAAGGAUACAUCAUUACAGAAAUUGAAAAAGUGGGUUGUACAGAACAAGGACCAGCUGAAGAGUAUUAUAUUAUAUACAGUAAUGUUUUUGACAAGAUAAUAGAGCAUGUUACUGUGUACAAGAACAUUCUGACUUCAAUCAAACAGGAGUUUGAUGCAUUUAUUGAAGCAAUAAAAAAGGGCCAAAGGAAUGCAUUUUAUCUUCAUGGAAAAUUGAAAGUUCUGGCAUCAGAGGCAACAACUCUAAUAUAUUAUAGAAAAAGAGCAAUCCAACUUGAAGAUAAGAUAAAAGUUAUUGAGAGAAAUUCUUCUAGAAUUCAAAAUAUGAUAUUGAAAAUAAGAAAUAUAAAAAAAGUGCCCUCUACAGAAGCUUUGACUCCAAGAAAAAAGAUAAACCCUGCUAAGCCUAUACCAGGUCUGAGUGUAAAAGAAUCUCUCAGCUUAGAUGCUCUUUCUAGACACCUUGCUCAGCUAGAAGGGAGAGUGCAGGAACUGAAAGCAGACAUGAUAUCAAAAUACAUUCCUCUGGAGAACAAGGCUGGCCUAGAGCAGGAACUCAAGCACUCAUUGGAACUACGAGAUAAGGCAGAGGCAGUGAAUGAGAAACUGAGACUUAGUUAUAAUAGAAUUACAUUGGUUGCAAAUGCUGUGUCUGCCUGGGCAAAAUCUGACAAGAGCACCUCCUUACAAGAACUCCUCUCUCAAGUCAUGGAAAAGAAGGAAGUUGUAAAAGCUGCUGCUGCCUUUAGCAUCUCUCAUAUAUUUGAACAUGACCCCAGCAAGAGUAAAGAGGCUGAAGAUUUACUUGAAUAUAUUGAAAGAUUCAAUGAAUUAUUUUCAUAUGGUCAGUAUGAGGCUGCAGCAGUUUAUGCUGCAAACUGUCCUAGAGGAAUUCUCCGCAAUGAAGAAACCAUGAUGAAAUUUAAGGCUCUUGGUGCUGUUAAAGGGAGGAUUCUCCCUUUGCUGAGAUAUUUUGAGGCCCUCAUAAGCUCAAGUGCUGCAGUUAGACACCCUCUGUGUGCAGCCAUGACUCUGGAAGCAAUCAAAUGUGCAUUGUUUGAAAAACAGUUAAAUCUAGUUAUGCACUGGGUCACACAGCAAAGGCUGACGUUUUGUGAGGCAGCAGGGGAUGUGAUUUAUGAUUAUGGGGAGGUGGAACCAUUCAACAAGUCCAAGUGCUUGGCUUUGGCUCAGAUUGCCUACAGUCAGUGUGGCGUGCACAAGAAAGCUGCUCUGUGCUUGUGUAAACAAGGCCAAAUUUGUGGAGCAAUGGAUUAUAUACAGCAAUUCAAACAGCUCACUUUAGAUGAUUACUUAUUCCUACUGAAAAACUGUCCUAGUAUUGAGCUAAUUCAUUGUCUAACUCAAGAGUGGAAUGAGAAACCAGCAUUAUUAUCCAUUGGGGCUACGAUCCUCUCACUCAUUGAUACUGAUCACAAAGAGCAUGGUUUACAACUGUUAGAGGAAAUAAACAUGGGUGAGAAGAAUGCACUGGAACAAGUUAUUUUAAAUGAUACGGUCUGUACCUUGGAAGGUUGGAAGAAGAUCGCAGAUACAUGUGCAGAAAAUAAGCAUGAAAAAUUGGCUCAAGAAAUCCUCUCAAUCCUUACCUCACAGGAAGGAGUGGUUCAGAUUUCUCCAUUUGAUGAUGAUGAUGAUGUAAAGAUAAUGGAACACGUUUUCUUGUAGUUCUUCUGUAAAGCAAUUGAGGGAGCUCUAACAACAUUCAACCUAAGUAUUGUUUUAGUUGCUUGUAUGAAUUAUAGUAAACAUUGAUCACUCAGAAA